AAAAUUAAUGGUAUCGACCACCCCUACAAUAAAUAAGUCAUUUCAUGAGAUCAGUGCCAAAUGGACAUAGUAAUUUGACAAUUUUAAUUUCAAGAAAUCACUUUUUUACUCUCCAUAGUUUCUACUACAUAUUGCUCUGACCACAAAACAGGUUUUCCGACCUCACAACCCAUAUUUCCCACUGCACAAAGUAGUACCCCUCCAUCAUACUGAGCUUGUUAUUGAGGGAAGUACAAUGGGGUGGGAUAUUUCAGACUAAACUGGCCAGUGUGCUUCGUGUUAUCAUGUUUAGACCUUGUAACAUCAGUUUUUCAAUAGUUAAAUUACAGGUCUUUUCUGUGAAUAUUGCCAAAACUCUUAUCUCUGUCUCUCUAUUUAUUUUGUAUGAUGGUGUGGACAUUAUGGUCAACAGAUCCUGUAAAAUUGUAGAAAACAACUAAUUAUCAAAGUUAAAUUAAAGCAAAAUUCUCUCUGAAGCUCAAAUGAUGUAAUUUACUGCCAAUAUUUCUUGCUUUAAAUGAGUAAUUAAUAUAAUCAAAGGUUUGAUUCUGAAAUUCUCCACACUGCCUCUAGCCAUCGCAAAGAUUUGUUCAAAUUCCUCCACUAGCAUAUCUGAUUUAAUGAAGCAUUGGUUGAACCAAUCUAGGCCUUGAAUGAUAACUACAGUUAAUACUGGGCUGCCACAAAGAAAGGUUUGGAAAUGGUUAAGUGAACAUUGUCAGACUAGGAUUGGGCGAUAUGGCAAAAAUACAAUAUAAUGAUACUUUAAGACAUUUUCAAUGUUUCACACAUUGCUUUACACUAAAUCCAAUUAAACAGCCAUAAUUAUGCUCUAUUUGUAAUCGAACAUGCAGUGUUCCUUAAGUACUGAUUAUAUCCAUGAUACGCUCAGAAAAGCAUAUUAUGAUAUAAUUUAUCACAGUACCAAUAAAAUAUCGUCACAUUGCCCAACUCUAAAUCAGAGACACAAACUCUCUACUUAUGAUCUUUGUAUUUUUUCUAAUACUAGAGUUUUUCUGAGCAAAAAGUACAGUACUGUACGUAUAUAAAAACGCACACUUUCAUAAAAAGUGUUCCAUUCACUAUUUUUCUGAUUAAAAUGCAGAUUUUUAUGUCUUUUACACGUAUCGAGGAUUGUGGACUCCCUUUUCAUGGAGUGACGGAAAUGACUACAACUCCCAGCACACGUAGUCUUCCUGACGCUCCCCCCUGCAGGGGGCCCCCGUGGCGGCGCGUCAGCGUUGCGCAGACCGGGUUUGAACCGAAAGCGGAGUGACCUUCCCGGGCCAGUCGGAGAGAGGAGAGACGGCUUAGUUUGGAGGAGACUGAGGCAGCAGACUGAUGUCAGCACUCCAGUCCACAACUCUUGCUACAGAAAUGAACAACAACCUAGCAGGAGACGAAAUUGGGAAGCUGUUUGUGGGAGGACUGGACUGGAGUACAACUCAAGAGACUUUACGAAACUACUUCUCCCAGUAUGGAGAGGUUGUGGACUGCGUCAUCAUGAAGGACAAAAGCACAAAUCAGUCCAGAGGAUUUGGGUUUGUGAAGUUUAAAGACCCGAACUGUGUUCGGACUGUACUGGACACCAAACCUCAUAACCUUGAUGGUAGAAAUAUUGACCCCAAGCCGUGCACUCCGAGAGGAAUGCAGCCUGAAAAGACACGAGCAAAGGAUGGCUGGAAAGGAGGUAAAAGUGACAGCAAUAAAUCCAAGAAGAUAUUUGUUGGUGGAAUUCCUCACAACUGCGGUGAACCUGAACUCAGGGACUAUUUUAACAGAUUUGGAGUGGUGACAGAAGUGGUAAUGAUCUAUGAUGCGGAGAAACAGAGACCCCGAGGUUUUGGAUUUAUUACUUUCGAGGCCGAACAAUCAGUGGACCAGGCUGUCAACAUGCAUUUUCACGACAUCAUGGGCAAAAAAGUUGAAGUGAAGAAGGCUGAACCUCGGGACAGCAAAGCUCCUGGCCCUGGGCAGCUGGGAGCCAAUCAGUGGGGACCCAGAGCCAUCUUAAGUGCAGCCAAUGGCUGGGCUGCACAGCCUGCUCAGAGCUGGCAUCAGAGCUACGGGCCUCAGGGGGUUUGGGUGUCCACAGGUCAACCGUUAGGUGGAUACGGUGCUCCUUUGCCAGCAGGCCGAGGAGCUCCUGCUCAGCCUCCCUCUCCUUUUAAUGCGUUCAUAGUCACAGCACCCCAAGCAGGAGGAUUUGGGGCACCUCAGGGAUAUCCCCAGCAGGGCUAUAGCACACCCCCUCAGUUUGGGUACAGUUUUGGCACGCCUCAGGGUGACCAAUUCGUACCACAAGGCAUGCCUCCUCCUCCCACAACGCCUGGAACAGGACCCCUAGGCUUUGCCCCGGCUACCACCCCAACUCAGGACAUGAGCAAAGCCCCUCCGGCACAGCCAGACUUCUCCUAUAGCCAGUAUGGCUUGGGUAACUAUCCUCAGGACCCCUCUGCCUACGGACCAACGCGUCCUUCUCACAGUUAUGGUCAGGAUGAGCAGGGAUAUAGUGCAGGUUAUGGGCAGGACCUGAGUGGCUUUGGACAUACUUUCGCUGACCCCAGCCAGCAGACUGCCUCGUACGCUGCCCCUUCUGCACAGCCCUCAUCAGGCCCACAGCCGACGCCGAGCAGUUUUGGCCGUGGACAGAACCACAAUGUGCAGGGCUUCCAUCCUUACCGGCGCUGAGCGUUUCCCUCCCACCUCCACAAUGCAAUACAAAAUUGUCAGGGAAGUAGAUGUUCUGAUCCUAAACAAAACUGGGUUUUGGGGCUGGUGUUUGACGAACAUUACAAACUAACUGAAGAGUGUCCGUGUGUGUAAAUUGUGAACAGUGGCUCCUAUGUGAGGAGACCACGUUCGUUGUGUAUUUUAUAUUAGGACAGAGCUACUUAGCAAUAGAUUUUUAAUUGUCUGGUGAAACAUCAGCACAGAACCGCACCAGACAUGGAGUGACAGGGUCUCCCAUUUCCUCAGCUUUAAUUCUAUUAGGGGAAUAAUGUUUUAUUUUCAAUUUUGUGGAUUUUGUUUACUCUCUGAGCCUUUGACCAUUUUAUUUAAAAAUUGUUUGAAAUAGAAAUUACGAAUAUGUAUUAUACACCUAAACUGUGCAAUUUUUUUAAAUGAAUUUUGUACUACUAUAUGUGCGCUUUUCUUGUUUUUUAUUUAAGGAUGUAGAUUUCCCUCAGGUGGCUGUUUUAGUGCACUUUGCACUUAUGCAAAAAAGAGAGGAAUUUUAUUUGAAAUAAAUGAUUUAAAGAAA